GCAGCGUGCCUGUUAAAUGAAGCACGCGCCUGACCGCGAGUAGAGGAAGAACACGCUAAAACAGAUGCGAGGGGUUCCGUGCGCUUGUUCCGUUAGCUAACGUUCCAGUCUUAUCUUGUCAUUCAUUGGCAACUGAUUUAGCUCGGCCACGGAACAUUUAUAUGCUUUGAAAUAUUCUGGUCUUUGAUAUUCAGUUUGUAGCUAUAACAACAACAUCUAAUCUGUCAACAGCAGUUAGCUAAGCGAACUUGAGGAGCACCCAAAAUGCCAUUGGGAUUGGGCCGAAGGAAGAAAGCGUCUCCACUCGUGGAGAACGAGGAGGCCGAACCGAUCCGUGCUGGGCUCAACGUUCCUGGGCUGGACGGGCUCGUCGUAGGGGGAGUGGCGGAGGGUGCGGUGCAGGAGGGCCUACCGCCACCGCCCACCAGCCUUCGGCCUCGCCUGAUCUUCCACACGCAGCUGGCACACGGCAGCCCCACGGGCCGCAUCGAAGGGUUCGGCAACGUCCGUGAGCUUUAUGCCAAAAUCGGGGAGGCUUUCGGAAUUCCACCAGAGGAGGUCAUGUUUUGCACGCUGAACACUCACAAGGUGGACAUGGACAAACUGCUGGGUGGUCAGAUCGGAUUGGAAGACUUCAUCUUCGCCCAUGUAAAAGGCCAGAGGAAAGAGGUGGAAGUGUUUAAGGGGGAAGAUGCGCUUGGUCUUACCAUCACUGACAAUGGAGCAGGCUAUGCGUUUAUUAAGAGAAUAAGAGAGGGAAGUGUCAUCCAUCAAAUCCAGAUCGUCAACGUUGGAGACAUGAUUGAGUCGAUCAAUGGUCAUGUACUUAUCGGUUGUCGACACUAUGAGGUUGCUAAGUUGCUCAAGGAAUUGCCCCGGGGCAAGAACUUUGUCCUUAAGCUGGUGGAACCACUGAAGGCAUUUGAUAUGAUCAGCCAGCGGUCUGGGGGACGGUCCGGCUCAGGGGUCCAGCUGGGCACUGGCAGAGGGACGCUGCGUCUGAGGUCCAAGGGUCCAGCAACAGUGGAAGAACUGCCUUCAGCAUUUGAGGAGAAGGCCAUCGAAAAGGUCGAUGACCUCCUGGAGAGCUACAUGGGUAUAAGAGAUGGCGAGCUGGCUGCUACGAUGGUGGAACUGGGAAAGGACAAAAAGAACCCGGACGAGUUCGCAGAGGCUCUGGAUGAGACGCUCGGCGAUUUUGCUUUCCCAGACGAGUUUGUUUUCGAUGUGUGGGGUGCCAUCGGUGAUGCAAAGGUCGGUCGGAUUUAGUCCUAGAGUGGGAGAGCAGAGGAGGUGGCAUCCCCACCGAAGACAAUGCUACUAGAAAACACUAUAGUACACUUAUCCGUUUAUAUUUUUGAGAUCUACAACAAAAAAUUCCUUAGUUUUCUGCUGGGAGCAUACUCUGGGAAUGUGUAUGUAAAUGUUUUGUUUGUCUGUUUGUUUUGGUUUAUAGUGCAACUUGUAUGCAAAAAAUGAACUGUCAAUUCCACUUUUUUCUGGCCCAAGUCUCACUCUAAAGCUAUUGACAUGCUAAUGUGGAAUACAUGUGAAAAUUCUCUCACGAACUCUAGGAUACAGGUUUGCGAAAGGUCAUUGCCCAGAGGAGCCGUUAGCUGAGAAUCCCACACAGGUAUUGAGCACCUUGCCAUGGAGCGCUGUCAGGCUUGGCUAGCAGACGUCUGGGGGUGCGUGCCUGGCCUAGUCGUCCCUCGAGCCCUGUGUAAACUGUGACGCUCAUUUUGCACUGUGUUGCACUGUCGUGCUGUUACGAACUGCCCUGUGAAGAAUGGCCAGCAUAACAAACGGUUUCGUGGUGCGCACGAACACACACACACACACACACACGCACAUGCACACUUUCCUGUUAAUCUGCACAUUGCAGCCCCUGCUGUGUGUACUUGCUUUGACAUCACAGGUGUGCAGUGCAGGUCCUGACAACUUUUUGAGGUGUUGUACACUACAUUGACUCCUUAAAGCUUGUACUGUCAUUUUAUAUUCUUAAAAUAGCCUUGUUCGUCUGAAGGAUCAAAAGGUCAGUAUUUUUAUUCGUUUUUUUG